AAAUCCAUCGUCACGAUAGGAAUAACAUCAACAACGCGUAAUUGACAAUUCUCCAAUAUUGUGUUAUGAAGAAAUCUCGUUCCAUUCAACGACACACAUAACAAAUGUAAGAACCUACCAUGUAUUGCGCUACAAAACCUCGAAGUAAUCAAUAAAGAGGGUGAAACGUAUUCAGCAAGGCAUUGCUCAAUAAUAAAAAGAUAAAGGUGUAUCACAAUAGCCAAUGAUAGGUUUAUAAAUAAAUUUCAUCACAAUGUCGAGUGAGAGUAUUUCGAUGAAGCAACCAAUUCGAAGACUGGAAAUACCUAUAAGUAAAUUCAACGAUGUGGCGAUACCACAUCACCUGGAUCUUCUGCGAAGACACAAAGAUAAUCUCAAAAAAUAUGAGAGACUUCGCGAUUGGGAUAAAGUACAAAAGGAACAAGUUAAUGCAUCGAGAUUAGUUAAACAAUUGGAGCAACUAUUGUACGAAAUGGAUACACUGAGGAGCCAAGUGGAAGACGGUGACAUUGAUAAGUUCGAUAAACUUACAGCCAAGGCCAGGGCAAGCACGAUCAACGCUAUUCAAGAGUACCUAGAUAUGAAAUUUGAACCUCCUCCAAAAACUCCCCCACAUGAAAAUGAUCCAGAGAGUCCGGAACUUCAUCAUGGCGAGCGUUUCCUCCAGCUCCAGACUGAGGCAGAAGACCUAAAGAGACAGGAAGCCUGUCUUCAUGCGUGGAAUUCCUUGCAGGGUGAAUUGCACCAACUACACCAGUUGUUCGUAGAUUUCAAUAAAUUAAUUCACGAUCAACGUGAGCAUAUCGACACCAUAGAAGAUAAUAUUGUUGAGACUGAGGAGAACGUCAAGGGUGGAACGAAAUUCCUCCAAAAAGCUGCUAAAUUGAAAGUUGCCACUUACCCCAUUGCUGGAGCAUUGCUGGGCACGUGUAUAGGUGGACCCGUUGGUUUAAUUGCUGGGUUAAAGCUCGGUGGUCUUACUGCUAUUGGUUGUGGACUUUUAGGAUUCACAGGAGCCACGAUUAUGAAGAAAAAGCACUUGGAGAAUCUCAAUAAAACAGCAGACACCACUGAACUAAAACCCACGGGAUCACAGAAAGGCCUCACCCCUUUGCAGGAUAACUCCAAGCAAAUGAAAAAAGAUUUGUGACAUUUGAGGAAACCUCAGCCGCACAACUUGAAAUCAUGUGGAAUCCUCUAGCCUUCUUUAAAAAUUGUUCAUCUACUUUCAUUGUUUUCAAUCGAUGAACAAUCCAGAGUGUACACACAAGCCUGGAACUAUCGACAUCUCUGUGAUUAAUUAUAUGAUAUUUUACUACGGAUUGUAUACAACGAACUUGAAACGCUUAACUUAAAAAAUUAAAAAAUUAAUAUGAA